GCAAAGCCGUUCCACCAGCUGAGGGCAUCGAGCUGUGACACGAGUGGUCGUCCUUCAAUUUACGGCCAGCUGAAUCUUGUACCUUGCUAUAUCUGCUUAUCAGUCCUAAAUCUGACGCCUUUGCCGGUCAAACGCCUAGAGUCAUCUCUGGGACGGUGGGAGGCGGCGGUCCGGAUUCAUAGUUUGAACUGAACCUCUGGAUGCUGCAGAGCAUCCGUUUCAUUUGUAUCAGUCCUCCCUGCACCCAUUCCCCGAAGUCGAGCUUCAUUCGUGCAACGUUUUCAACGUUCUCAAGACAGUCUACCUCGAUGGCUGUCCAGCAACCACAAUGGUCCCUUCCGGCUAGGAAAUGCGAGGAGCCUAUCUUGAAAGUGUACAAUUCUCUCACACGCACCAAAACGGAGUUCGUUGCAACGAAUGGGCGGCAUGUCAAGUGGUAUAAUUGCGGGCCUACUGUGUACGAUGCAUCUCACAUGGGACAUGCGAGAAAUUAUGUGACUCAGGACAUAUUGCGGCGGAUCAUGACCGAUUACUUUGGCUACGAGGUUCAUUUCGUGAUGAACAUCACGGAUAUCGAUGACAAGAUCAUCCUGCGAGCCCGCCAGAGUCACAUAGUGGAUCAGUUCCGCUCGAGCACAACGGAACUUUCGUCCAAAUUGGCAGAGCAAAUAUGGGCCGCUUGGUCGGAUUAUGUGGAUUCCAAAGUCAAUAAGGGCCUACCCGAGGAUGAAAAGCUUGCUAAGGGUGCAGAAAGGGCAGCCUGGCCAGCGCUGGCGGCCCGUUCACAGGACAAGGUGUGGAAACAGGAUUGCUUGAAGAGGGACGAGAAGUUCGAGAUGCAUUUCACAGCUGCAAGCCGUGCGUAUACCGCGCUAGAAGCGACAGAGACAUCCUUGAAGGCGGGCGAGCGGUCACAAGAACUCGCAUGGCAAUUGAUUGAUGAAUCGAAGGAUAUUCUUGCGAUUUCUCUGGACAAAGAGUACGGUAGUACAGUCACGGACCAUUCCAUCUUCCGUUCGCUAUCCUCCUAUUGGGAGGCGCAGUUUUUCAAGGACAUGCGCCAUCUCCGCGUUCGUGAUCCGGACACGUUGACCCGCGUAACGGAGUUUGUGCCAGAGAUCGUCUCGUUCGUUGAGGGCAUAGUGAAAAAUGGGUACGGCUAUGCCGUGGAUGGGAGCGUUUACUUCGACACACGAACGUUCGACAAGUCGGAGGAUCAUUCCUAUGCCAAGCUGGAGCCUUGGAGCAAAGGAAACUUGGAGUUGCUGGAAGAGGGUGAAGGCGCAUUGUCUACUACGACAGAUCGUCGAUCUAAUGCAGAUUUCGCUCUUUGGAAAGCAUCAAAACCUGGAGAGCCCUCCUGGCCAUCGCCAUGGGGCGCGGGACGCCCAGGAUGGCAUAUUGAAUGCUCUGUCAUGGCUUCUGCCAUCUUUGGAGACAAUAUAGAUAUCCAUUCUGGUGGGAUUGACCUGGCGUUCCCACACCAUGAUAACGAGAUGGCCCAAUCGGAGGCAUAUCACAAUUGUCCGUCGUGGGUGAACUAUUUCCUUCACACCGGACACCUACACAUCGAAGGCUUCAAGAUGAGUAAGUCACUGAAGAACUUCAUCACAAUUGAUGAGAUAUUGCAGAAAUAUACUGCACGACAGUUGCGGCUCGCAUUCCUGACUCAACUAUGGAACGCGAAGGUUGACUUCUCAGAAGCGUUGAUGACGGGUGAAGUUCGGUCUCUCGAGACGGCAUUCAGUAACUUCUUCGCCACGGCGAAGGCUCUUGUUGGCCAAGACGAAGCGGAUGGAUCCAGCUUAGAUGGGAAGAACCGGUUCCGGGACGCGGAGCGCGACUUGACAAACACUCUUCGUCAAAGUCAAGAUGCUUUCCGUGCAGCAUUGUGUGAUUCGUUCAACACACCCGACGCCCUGAACGUCCUGCGAGAGCUGAUAUCUCGUACUAAUGCGUAUAUCAACUCUCGUGGCAAAGAUCUGGAUAUCGACGUUGUCGUCCGAGUAGGCCGGUGGGUCGGCGGGAUGCUGCGCAUGUUUGGUCUUGGCGAAGGAGAGACGAACGAGAUAGGAUGGGGCCAAGACCGGGACGCCGCCGAAGGCAGUAUUAAUCGAGAAGAGGUUCUCAUGCCCUACCUUCGGACGUUAUCAUCUUUCCGUGACGGUGUGCGAAGGCUAGCGAUAUCCAAGGGUGACGCAGCAAUGAAAGACAUCCUCGCACUUUCCGACAAGCUUCGAGAUGCCGAUCUGGUGCCAUUAGGAGUCGCCUUGGAUGAUCAGGAAAACGGGAAGGCCCUUGUCAAACUUGUCUCACCGGCGGAACUCGUGAAGGCACGCGAUGAGAAGCGCGCUCAGGCUGAGGCAAAAGCAGCCCGACAAGCGGCAGCGGCAGAAGCGGAACGGCAAAAGCGGCUUCAGAAGCUGGAGAAAGGGCGAGUUCCUCCGCAGGAGAUAUUCAAACCUCCUAAUGUGCCUGAAGGCACCUAUGGGAGCUGGGAUGAGGACGGGAUUCCGCUGAUGGAUGGACAGGGUGAAAAAUUAAGCAAGAAUCAAACAAAGAAGGUUCAGAAGGAGUGGCAGCAGCAAAAGAAGCUACAUGACGACUUUUUGGCGUGGAAGAAGACGGAGCAUUCAUAACGCUUGGAGCGCCUCACGUUAGGCGAGAUAGAGAUCUUGUGCGACGCCCUCGACGGCGAUAACAAGAUUUGUUUGAGUGCAGUAGAUCUAUGAGAAUUGCUUGCGAUUACAAAUUGCGCUGUGAAUAUCAGUCAUGAUAGCACCAAAGUACAGCACUGUGCACGUCAGGGUCGCUACCAGUCGCACGCGUUGGCCACAAGUCGUGCAAUCCUCGUCAGUCCAUGCUCGUCCUCCUCGCUAAAUCCUCCCGGAGCGAGACAAUCUAAAUCUAAUACUCCAACCACAGUUUGCUCCCCGCUCACGUCCACAAUGAGAGGGCAAACAACCUCGCUCUUUGUUUCUCCAUCACAUGCGAUGUGACCCGGAUAUGUUC